UUUAGAAAAUUUCCCUUGGUGUUGCACAGAGAGAGAAAGAGAGAGUAGAGUUUAGAGGAAGGAAUUGAAGCAAGAGAAGAAGUUGAAAACUAUGGCGAGUGAAUAAUCCGAAAUCCAAUCCUUACUACUGUGAAAGCAAAAGGUGAAGCUUUAAUUUUCUUUUGGGCGAUGAUGAUGAUGAUGAUGGAAACAUAGUUAGUUUGUCUAAGCUUAGAUAGCAGCUUUCUACCUUGAAGAUUAAAGAUCAUCAAUCAUUAUUAUUUAUUUUAUGGAUCUGUGAAGCCCAACCCAAUAUUAUUGUGGGGAGAGAGAAUAAGAAUUUGAGAUCAGAGAUGGCAACGUACUUUCAUGGAAGCAAUUCUGAAAUGCAAUCUUCUUCGCCUUCAGCUUCCGCUUCUGGUGCAGAUGGUGGCUUGCAGACACUUUACCUUAUGAACCCAAACUACCACCACGUGCCCUAUUCUGACGCGCCGACGCAAAACAUGCUUCUUCUUAAUCCUAACCACCAAGCCCACGCGCUCAACCUCGCCAACUUAUCCCACGCGCCCCCUCCACCACACCACCAACUACUCAUUCAUCGACUUCCCAACUCCGACGACAACUCCCGGGCCUCUCUCUUCGGACACCACGACAUCGCCACGGCUACCGCCCCGCCCACUUUCCACGGCUUCUCUGCGCCGCGCGUGCAGUACAAUCUGUGGGGCUCUGUGGUCGACCAGCCUCAACCGUCGCCGUCCAGCAGCUCCGGAGGCGCCGACAUGGGUUUCCGGCGGCCUACUCAGCAGGGCUUGUCGCUCAGCCUCUCCUCACAGCAGCAGCAGCAGCAGCAACAGCAACAAACAGGUACCUAUAGGUCUCUCUCCGGCGAGGUUGAAGUUGCCGUUGCCGGAGGUGUCGGUAACUCGCCGUCAUCGGCGUCGAACGGGAUCUCGGGCGUGCAGGGUGUUCUGUUGGGAUCAAAGUACCUGAAAGCCGCACAGGAGCUUCUUGACGAGGUGAUGAACGUGGGCAAUAAGGGAAUUUCAAAGGAGGAGUUCGCAGAGAAGGUGAAGCCCAAUAGGGAAUCAAAUUCUGGCGUCGGUGAAGGAUCCAGUGGCGGCGGCGUCUGCGGCGGAGAGAACAGUGACGCCGGGAAGCAUGUUGCUGAACUCACGACUGCUCAGAGACAAGAGCUUCAGAUGAAGAAAUCCAAGCUUGUCUGCAUGCUCGAUGAGGUGGAACAAAGGUACCGGCAAUACCACCACCAAAUGCAAGUUGUGAUAUCAUCGUUUGAGCAAGCGGCGGGUUUCGGGGCGGCGAAAUCGUACACGUCGCUAGCCCUAAAGACAAUCUCGAAGCAAUUCCGGUGCCUUAAGGAUGCGAUAUCUUCACAGAUAAGAGCAACAAGCAAGACAUUGGGAGAGGAUGAUUGCUUAGGAGCUAAGGUAGAAGGUUCGAGGCUUAGGUAUGUGGAUCACCAUCUUCGCCAACAAAGGGCACUGCAGCAACUUGGAAUGAUUCAACCCAAUGCUUGGAGGCCACAAAGAGGCUUACCUGAACGCGCUGUUUCAAUUCUUCGUGCAUGGCUUUUUGAGCAUUUCCUUCACCCUUAUCCUAAGGACUCUGAUAAAGUUAUGCUAGCAAAGCAAACUGGACUUACUAGGAGCCAGGUGUCUAACUGGUUCAUCAAUGCCCGGGUUCGGCUAUGGAAACCAAUGGUUGAGGAAAUGUACAUGGAAGAAGUGAAGGAGCAAGAAAUCAAUAACAACAACAACAACAACGGUUCAGAGAGAUCAAAGGAAUCAAGCAAGGAGUUAGGUUCAGCUUCAAAUGCUACUACUAAUAAUGGAGCUCCAGAUAAUAAUAACAAUAAUAAUAAUCCAGUUCUUGAUCCCAUAAAAGUUCUUCAUCAAUCAAAACAAGAAUGCUUCAACAACAACAGCUCUCCAACGGGGGCCGGCGAGAUCUCGGUGAAUUCUUCGUUGUCCACUUCUCCCAUGGGUGGAGGAGUAGGAUCCCUUCAAUCCCACAGCGGUUUCCAUCUUGCAGGUUCCUCUGACAUGCAAAUUAGGAGCCCAAACAAGGCUAGAAACGCUUCCGAAAUUAUGCAUAACUCCCCAAGUAGUAUCCUCUCAGUGGACAUGGAAAUGAAGCACAUCAAUGGGGAUCAUCAUAGAGAACCCAAUAGUAUCACUGGUUAUGGAGCUUUCUCAAUGGAAGACAUUGGAACCAGGUUCAGUAAUGUCACUGAUCAUCAUCAUCAUCAUCAUCAUCAUCAAUUAGGUUCUUCAAGGUUCCAAGGCAACAAUGGUGUGUCUCUCACCCUGGGGCUUCCACACAACGACAACACUGUUCCUAUCUCCGCAACUCAACAUGGAUUUCUUCCACAGAAUAUGCAUAGUUUGGGAAGGAGACUUGAGAUUGGAAACAAUGGCAAUGAGUUUUGUGUGAUCAACAAUCCAAGUUCUUCUCACCCUGGACCUACCUAUGAAAGCAUUGACAUUCAGAACAGAAAGAGGUUUGCUGCACAGUUAUUGCAUGAUUUUGUGGCUUGAUCACAAACUCAUACAUAGUUAUGGAUACCGCAAGGAAAAGGCACAAUGGUUUACAUAUUAUACACUCACUUGGAUUGCCAUGAUGAAACUUUAUAUAUUCCUGUAUUCUUUUUUCUGGUAUAUUAUAUUUGUAUAGGGUAUAUUAUAUUGGAUAUGUAGGUAGCUAGGAAGGUGUGUAGAAAGGAUUUGAUGAUUUCAAUGAUUUCUUUUGAUACAAGCCAUAUAUGUUAUAUAUAGAUCCAUGAAUUCAGUAUUCUAA